ACUCGCGCUGCCCAGAAGGAUCGUGCCUUCUCUACUUUGUCUGAGCCAAGUGGCGAACGGUCGCGCUCGCCAGCUUUUCUUUAAUAGUGAGUUAUCCGUCAAUAUUUUAUACACCUUCAAUACAUAUUCGUACGUGAUUACAUGUAGUGCUCCAGAUCCUCUCUGUGCGCGCGUGUGUGUGUGUUGAUGUACAAAAUAAUUUCCAGUUUGAGAAGAUAUGAGUCUCGUUCAGAUGCCAAUAUGUUGUGUGUUUCUGCGCGAAACCAUCUUCGCAUACGUCUAUAAUACCUAACCUUAAAUGCAAUGAAGCACACAUCUCUCAAAAUUCAAGUAGGAUGUGCACACUGCCGUAAAGCAGAACGUAAUUCAACAAGUAACCUUAUAAAAAAGUUAAACAUCACUAUGAUACAUUACAAUUAAGAAAGAGAUUCUAGAACGCAUAUGUUAGAAAAGAGCCGUAUUGAGAUUGACUAUUUUGCCCAUACCUUUAAGAAUCUCUCAUGAAAAUAUACACAUCUUUGACUUAAAUAAUAAUAGUGAGUGAGAGUGGUUAUCGCAAUGACCGACAAACGGUGACAAAGUGGAGUAUCUGGUGGUAGCAGGAGCCGCAGCAGCAGCAGCAGGCACAGCGUUCUAGUCAACAUUUUCAACAUCUGGUAGCGUGCUACGACGAGUAAAAGAUUAUACUAGGCACCAAUGAAUGCAAAGUGUUUUCUUGACUGGCGAUUUCUCGUUCCUGAUUUUCAAUACGGCUGCAUUAUCGACUAACUUUAAUGAAGAGGAGUCAUAUAUGACAGGACGUUUUCUGGAGCGACAUCUAUUUUGGUCUUCGAGAUAAUCUUGUUGUGCAGCAACUAUAAAUCUCAAAAAGAGAAAUGGAUUUGACCGAGGCUUUUGCUCCUGGAGGAGGCAAUGAGGAUCUUGAAAAGACAGACUUUUUUGAUUUUGUUGUUUCACCACCUCAAUCGCAGCACUGUGCCUCUGCGGACGGAAUUUCUGAUGAAGAAAGUCUUUUACAUCGAACCACCACCACCACCACCAGCAGCAGCUGUAGAACCAUGGAUUUCUUGCACGAUCGUCAACUAAACAUAGGAGAGGAUCAUGAUCAGCGUGACCUUCAUGGUACAUCGUUCAUCAAAGAAACCAACAACAAUACUUUGACAGCUUUACCACCUGUUUCCACUAUUACUAGUUCCUUGAGUCACCACCACCACCACCACCACCACCAUCAUCAUCAUCAGAUUAGAAAUCACGACUGUGGCAACAUUCAAAAUGACCAAAUCUCGAUGGAUCAAUCAGAUUGUGAUUAUUGGAGUACUGCUGCAGUGGAUGAUGACAACAAAGAAUCAGCAUGUAAUAUACUUCUUGAAGAUUUGAAUAAAUAUUGCUGGUCUGCUCAUACAAAUAAUCACCAUCAGUCGCUUUCUGGACAAACCACCGAUACCAUAGACGUCAAUCCUGUCAGUGACUCUGUUUUAAUAAGACCUUGCAGUGCAAAUAAUGAUAGACAAAAUACGGACGGCGCUAUUUAUACCCUUACUGUACUAAACAAUGAAACAGAUUCCAUGGAUGCUUUAGAUUGUUGCAAAAGUCCUGUUCCAACAGUUUCUGAUUCAUGGUCAUUAAGACCAAACCUCGAUCUCGAUGCAAUUCUCAACUUAGAACCAGAAUCGGUACCGGAACGACAACAACAGCAAGAUCACGAUAGAACUGGAUUGGAUGGCUCUAUAAAUUCAGAACGGUUUCACACGAUUUCGGCUACACCGUCUCAGUAUUCUGCCGAGGAUAGUGGAUUUGUAGAAAGCAAAGAUAUGUGCGGUGGUGGUGGUGUAACGGGUGGUCGAUCACAGUCCAACGGUUUAGGUGACAAUAAUAAUGACUGGAAGUUGUCUGAUCAAAAUCACUUAAAUGAAGUACAGCAGCAGGUAGCAGCUUCUGCCGCAAACGUAUCAAGUGUAGAUUCUGCUGAAAGCUUGCUCAGAAGUGCUUUACAAGGAAAAUUGUACACAGGUUCUGCACAAGUGGUUUCAUCCUCAUCUCAAGCUAAUUCUACAAUGUCAUUGACCGCUACCAAUAAUGCCAAUAAUGCAUUGCAAAUCAUUGCAGAUCAUCACCAACAGGAACAACAUCAUCAACAGGAAUCACAACAAUCGGAAGAUGAGAUGAUAAAUACUUGUACGGAUGAGGAUCUUAUAUUGUCGCAACUGGAUGCACCAACUUACAGACCGGGAGACUAUGAAAAAUUAAAAAGUAUUGCGAAUGAGGUUGUUGAAUCAUACUGCAGUUUGGAACCUGUUUGUAAUGUCUCCGCUACAACAACAGUGAUGUAUACGUUAGAUCCAAGCAGCGGUAGUCUAGGUACCAUCACUUUACCUGCUGACUUGGGACAAGUUGGUACAGUAACCGUGGUAACAGCUAGUAGUCUUGCUCAACAAGAAAUGCUUCAACAAGCUGUUACCCAGACAGAAAUUGAUCAGCAGCAACAAGUGACGUCAAAUCAGAUAGCGAAUACGAGAAUCGUUUCAGGCGGUGGUGGUGGUGGUGGUGGUGGUGGUGUUAGUGGAAAUUCAACAACGAAAUCUGGAAAGAAAUAUUGCAGGCGUAAAAACAAUAAUACCAGUAGCCCAAGUGGAACCAACAGCAAUGUCUCUUCACUCUUAAGUAGCAGUAGUGGUAAUAGUGCUAGUAGCAACACUAGUUCAAGUCAGCAACAAUCUACAGGAUCUGGUGGUUCACCCAGUAGUGUUCAACGGAAGGAAAGAUCUCUUCAUUAUUGCAGUAUCUGUAGUAAAGGUUUUAAAGAUAAGUAUAGCGUUAAUGUACACAUUAGGACACACACAGGAGAGAAACCUUUUGCUUGUUCACUGUGUGGUAAGAGCUUUCGACAAAAGGCUCAUUUAGCCAAACAUUACCAAACACAUGUUGCGCAAAAGCCAAAUGUUGCCAAUUCCAAUAAUUCGAAUACGAUUGGUAAUAGUAGCAAUACGAAUAGUAACAGCUCGUCUACGGAUAUGUCGACGGGGCGAACACCGCCACAACUUGUACCCACUGUUGCCACCACUUGUAAUCCGUCCAACUAGUUUUUAUUUUGUUUUUGUUUUUCCUAGGAAGCCUUGGCCGAGCAAUUGUUGUUGAUACAGAAUCGUAACAGGUCAUUAAAUGAUCGAAUUAAGAAAUUUGCCUAUAAUAGAUUUUUGUAUUUUUUAUAAUAUAAUUAUACUGCGAUUAUAAAUAUAUUUAUGCUGUUGGAGCUCUUUGAGGACAAAGUAAAGUGAAAUAUUUUUAAGUUUCUUUUUUUACAAUUUCUCUACAAUAAAUUGUAUAGACAAUUUAUAUGUCCGGUGUAUAUGUCCAAAAAUCGUAUUAGUACUGAGCGAAACAAUUUUUCGUCUAAUAGAUAGUAGCUAUCUUUUGUUCAAUUUCAACUUUUCAAACCAUCAACACUAAUAUGAAUAGAGCAAGGCUGCAUUCAGAAAAA